AUCCGCAUAUGUGAUGAACCCAGAACUGGCCUAACUCGCUUUUUCGAAUGUUCCCACUCAACGACUCGGCCACAAGACCCAGAACCCAUAAUCUAAAACUAAUAAACUAUGACGUUGCUUAUUUAGGAGAACAAAAUACAAAUAAAGAAAAAAAUAACUCCUUUAAAUCUCUCAAUCCUCUCUGCCUCUCUCUAAUUCAGAUUUCACUGUGCAAAGAGGGGAUUUAAUAAUACCCAAUUGUGCAGAGUUAAAGAGAGUAUGGGGAGGAGGCUUUGAUCAUAGCAAUUUCUGUUUCUACUGAGUACUGAAUUUGAUAUCUUAAGGUGAAUAUUUGAUUUUCUUUUUUAUGAUUCUUCAUUUUCUUGGGAUAAUUUGAACUGGGUUUGGAUUAAUUUUUGUGUUCUUUGGUUCUUGAUUGCUUCAGGGGGUUUAGUUUACUCUCAAAUGUGCUUUCUUUAAACCUUGUAACUUGAUUUUGUGUUCUUGAGAGUUUUUGUUUUUUAGUUAGGAAAGAUUUGUACUUCAAUGGCUAAUCCACCUCAAUCAUCUGGUGGUUAUCCUCUCACUAUUAAUCCCUCCAAUUCGGAUACAUCCUCCACUCGACUUGAGAAAAGUCCGGUUCCUGCUUCGCCUCCAGUUUUAGUUCCUAGAUUUCCUCCUUCUAGUUUGCAACAUGAUCAAAUUCCUCCCCUCGCUGUCAAAACUCCGGAUUUAGCGUCACCGGCCAAUGGGGUUAAAUCAGGGAGCACGGUUUCUCAUUUAAGUACUCCCCCUGGUCCUCCUGUGUUUACUUCACCUGUUCGGCCUGCUGCUGUACCUUUUCGGACUUCUCCUGCAACUCCUCAGCCAGUUGCUUUCUCGUCUGGCUCUUCUUUGCCUACAUCGUCACCUCCACAUUUCUUGAAUGGAUCUCCAGAAUUGCAGCACCAAGUUCCCCUACAUACGGAAGAAGACUCGACGCAAGUUGAGGAAGUAUCAUGCGUCUUAUUCUCUGCUCACAAGGUACUGAGAAGUAAGAAACUUGCCAAUGUACCUAGUUUGGGUUUUGGGGCAUUGAUUUCUCCUGGAAAAGAGAUUUCACCAGGUGCUCAAUUAACUCAGCGUGAACCUCAUCGCUGCCAAAAUUGUGGAGCUUAUGCAAAUCUUUAUUGCAAGAUAUUACUUAGUACAGGCCAGUGGCAAUGCGUAAUUUGCCGGACCCUGAAUGGAAGUGAUCGUGAAUAUAUUGCUCCAAGCAAAGAGGAUCUUCGUAACUUUCCAGAACUAUCAUCUCCAGUUGUUGAUUUUGUUCAAACUGGGAACAAGAGACCUGGUUUUAUUCCAGUUUCUGAUUCCAGGAUGUCUGCACCCACUAUUCUUGUUAUUGAUGACUGUUUAGAUGAACCACACUUGCAACAUUUACAAAGCUCCUUGCAUGCAUUCGUCGAUUCUCUUCCCCCUACAGCAAGAAUUGGAAUUAUAACAUAUGGUCGAACUGUAUCUGUUUAUGAUUUUUCAGAGGAAUCGAUGGCAUCUGCUGAUGUUCUUCCUGGUAAUAAAUCCCCUACUCAGGAAUCCUUGAAGGCAUUGAUAUAUGGAACUGGGGUGUACUUAGCACCUAUGCAUGCUUCAAAAGAAGUGGCGCACCAAAUAUUUUCAUCACUGAGACCAUAUAAAUUGAACAUAGCAGAAUCUUCAAGAGAUCGGUGCCUGGGUACUGCAGUUGAGGUUGCGCUGGCUAUAAUCCAUGGACCAUCUGCGGAGAUGUCUCGAGGUGUGAUCAAAAGGGCUGGAGGUAAUAGUAGAAUUAUCGUGUGCGCUGGGGGACCUAAUACCUAUGGCCCUGGGUCAGUCCCUCAUUCAUUUAGUCACCCAAAUUAUCCUCAUAUGGAAAAGGUGGCACUCAAAUGGAUGGAGCAUCUCGGUCAUGAAGCUCAUGGACACAAUACAGUGGUUGACAUUCUAUGUGCUGGAACUUGUCCUGUUAGAAUUCCAGUUUUGCAGCCUCUUGGAAAAGCAUCUGGGGGUGUAUUGGUUCUACAUGACGACUUUGGAGAAGCAUUCGGCGUAAACUUGCAAAGGGCAUCUACUAGGGCAUCAGGAUGCCAGGGUUUAUUGGAAGUUCGGUGUUCUGAUGAUAUUCUAAUUAGUCAAGUUGUGGGCCCUGGUGAAGAGGCUCAUGUAGAACCGCAUGAAACUUUCAAGAAUGACACUUCUCUGUGCAUUCAGUUGCUAAGUGUAGAAGAAACCCAGAGUUUUUCUCUUUCUAUGGAAACUAAAGGAGACCUAAAGAGUGAUAGUGUAUUUUUCCAGUUUUCGAUUCAAUACUCAAGCAUUUAUCAAGCUGACAUUUCAAGAGUCAUUACUAUUAGAUUGCCUGUUGUUGACAGUGUUUCAGAAUAUCUAGAGAGUGUUCAAGAUGAAGUGGCUGCAAUCCUUAUUGCCAAGAGGACUAUUUUGCGAGCCAAAAACUCAUCUGAUGCAAUUGAUGCACGGGCAACAAUAGAUGAGAGAAUUAAAGACAUUGGUUUAAAAUUUGGGUCACAGCUACCCAAGUCAAAACUUCAUCGGUUCCCCAAAGAACUUUCAUUGUUACCAGAACUUCUUUUUCAUCUUAGAAGAGGACCACUUUUGGGAAGCAUUGUUGGCCAUGAAGAUGAGAGGUCUGUAUUGCGGAACUUGUUUCUCAAUGCAUCCUUUGAUCUUUCUCUCCGAAUGGUGUCACCUCGUUGUUUGAUGCACCGGGAAGGUGGCACUUUUGAGGAAUUGCCUGCUUAUGACCUAGCAAUGCAGUCUGAUACAGCUGUUGUUCUUGACCAUGGAACUGAUGUAUUCAUCUGGCUGGGUGCUGAACUAGCUGCUGAUGAAGGACGAAGUGCAGCUGCCUUAGCAGCUUGCAGAACAUUAGCUGAAGAGCUCACUGAAUUGCGGUUUCCAGCUCCUAGAAUUCUAGCAUUCAAGGAGGGGAGUUCUCAAGCCCGGUAUUUUGUUUCUCGGUUGAUACCAGCGCACAAGGAUCCUCCUUAUGAACAGGAAGCAAGAUUCCCACAGCUUCGUUCUUUAACGACGGAACAGAGGACAAAGCUGAAAUGCAGCUUUAUUCAUUUUGACGAUCCUAGCUUAUGUGAAUGGAUGCGAAGCUUGAAAGUGGUGCCACCAGAACCAAGUUAAACUUUGUUCUUCUGCAACUGCAAUCCGGUGGCUAGUGUAUGUACCUUUAUAAAGAAGCUUAGGACUCCCAUGCCAUAUUUCCGUCUUUUGUUCGAUUAGGUGAUUAAAGGGAUGCUUCUUGGAUCACGACGAGGAAUACAUUUAAUUAUUUUUCUUUCUUCUCGUUUUUUUUUUCCGGGAAAUAGGGAACAUCUAUACUCGACUGUCAAAAGUUUUGACAUUGUUUCUUCUUGUUAUUUAGAUUCUCAAUUGAAAUAAUUUUGCAGAAGCAAUAAAGUUCCCUUUUCUUUUUCCUUUA